UGGCCUCUGCCUCUUCCUGCUCGCGCGGCUUCCUGUCUGCCCGGGCUUGGAGCUGCUCUGCUCGCCAUAUUGUUUGCUUUCAAGUCAGCGGAUCACGAAGUGAAACCGUUUCCUUUGUGAUCUGCCUCAUUGCUGGCCUCCUACCAACUCCCUGCCUCCAUCAGGGACCCUGACCCUCUUAUCCCCUGUGAUCAGAUCUGUGAUCAGGAUGAGUUCUUCACCCUCGGAAGAAACAAAUGCCUGGAGUUCCCUUCAGGCUGAUGAGCCCAAUGACUCCAUCUACCGGUUUGUCUAUACCUGCACUGAGUGCAAGGAACAAGUGGACACACACUGGCGCUGUACAGUCUGCCAGGAGUAUAUCCUGUGUGUCUCCUGCUAUCCCAAUAAGAACCAUGACCACCCAAUGGAGAAACUGGGACUUGGCUUGGAUGAUGAGAGCAGCAAGCAGCAGCUUGGGGCUGCCCAGAACCCAGGAGAAUCUUGCUGCCUGAGCAUCCAGCGCAACAUCCAGUCCCUGCUCCAUGCCUGCCAGUGCCGUAAUGCCAACUGCUCCCUGCCCUCCUGCAAGAAGAUGAAGCGGGUCAUCCAGCACACCAAGGGCUGCAAACGGAAGAACAGUGCUGGAUGUGCAGUGUGCAAGCAGCUUGUUGCACUCUGCUGGUACCAUGCCAGGAACUGCCCAGAAGACAACAAGUGCUUUGUACCCUACUGCUUCACCAUCAAGCAGAAGCUCCAGCAACCACAGCUGCAGCUCAGGAUCCAACAGGCCCUGAUGCUGCGCAGAAUGACGGCCAGCACCGAUCCAGACCCUCUGGUCCCCUGUGAUCUCAAUGAUGCUCAGGAGGCGGGAACAAGUGCCCGGAGCUCUUUUCAUUCUGAGCCCAGUGGCCCACCCCCUGUGUUGCGGAGGAGCAGCACCCGCAAUGUCCCCUACAUCUGCAGUGAGUGUAGGCAGGAAGUGGAGACACGCUGGCGCUGCACUGUCUGCCAGGAAUAUGUCUUGUGUGUCCCCUGCUAUUACACUAAAAAUCAUGACCACAAGAUGGAGAAAGUAGGUCCUGGUGUAGAUGGUGAGAGCAGCAACCAGCAGGGUGCAGCCAUCCAGAACCCGCGAGAUAUUCACCGCCAAAGGAUCCAGCGCAGCAUCCAAUCUCUGAUCCAUGCCCGGCAGUGCCGUGACUCCACUUGCUCCAUGCCAACCUGUAAGAAGAUGAAGCGAGUUGUAGAACAUACCAAGAACUGUAGGCGAAAGGCAAUUGGUGGGUGCCCCGUCUGCAGGCAGCUCAUUGCCCUCUGCUGCUACCAUGCCAAGCGUUGCCAGGAGAAUAACUGCCCUGUGCCGUUCUGCUUCAGAAUCAAGCAAAAGCUCCGGCAACAGCGGCUGCAACGCCAGCGGUCUAGGAUGGUGCGCAGGAGGAUGGCCAGCAUGUAGCUUACCUGUGUAGUGGGGCAGCAACAAGGCCUGCCCUCCCCCACCCCUGCCACUCCAACCUCGGCAACCACACAAUAGCUAACAACCCUGCAGCUCACCCCUUCCAGAAACAGCCCUGGUGACACUCCAACCUCUUUACUGAUGCUUGGCCACUCCUGUCAGUGCCCCCAUCUACAGCAUUAGAAAUGACAGUGCAGAUUCAGACAGCAGCCGAGACACUGUAAAUUGUGCAGAGGCCAGUCCAGCACCAGAUGCCCCUCAUGAGUCCCGUGACCCAACCUUCCUGCCACAACCAGAGGUCCCAGUGGGCAUCUGGGCCCAAGGAAGACUGCCUAAUCCCCAGCAACUCCAGUCCAGGGUGCCAAGGCCAGCUAUGACGUCUGUGGCCCAACAGAGGAAAGCCCUUGAACAUGGCUCCACGGCCAGGAUCAGGCCAGGAAGGUAGGUGUGACCACUCAAACCAGGCACUGUGUCUCAACAAGCCUUACAAAACCUGCAGACACUCGGGCCUCCCAGCUCUCCCCUACAGCAGCAACCCUUGUGCCCACCCCAAGCUGUUGGUUACAUUCACGAAACAGUGGGAUCCACACAUGCCAACUCUAAUCCAGCCUCUCACUGGACAGCCUAGCAUGGCCCCAUGGACAGCCAGAGGUGCAGUCACCAGCCAUGCCAGGUCAGCAGGGCGUCUGUUCCAGUCCAGCCAUGUAGAACAUGAGUCCCAUGCAGGCAGGCGUGCAGAGGGCUGGUCUGGCCCAGCAGCAGCCUCAGCAGCAACUCCAGCCACCAUGAGAGUUGAGACCCCAGGCCCUUCCAGUGGAUGUGAACACAGCAGCCUGUCUUCUCAGUUGUGGGACAUGUUGAGACAACAGCAGGUGAUGUGGCAGCAGCAAACAGAAUCACAUGCAGCAGAUGCAACAAGAGAACGUCGGACAGAUGGGGCAGCACAGUCCCCCCUCCCAGGCCUUGGGAGCAGAGAGGUAGGAGCCUGUCUGUAGGCCUAUCAGAAGCGACUCCAGCAACAGAUGGGGUCCCCUCACCCCAACCCUGUGAGCCCCCAGCAGCACAUGCUCCCAAGCCAGGCUGAAUUCCAACACCUCCAAGGUGAUCCCUAGUUCUCAACAAUCAAGUGCAUCCCUCUCCUGCCCAUCCCUUUUUGUGGCUACAAUUUCAGAUGCCCCCCAUCCUGUCCCCAACCCUGAGGAUACAGCUUCAGCUUUCUCCACACCAUGUUUCCCCACAGACCAGUUCCCCACGUCCUGGUCUGGCUACUGCCCAGGCCGCCAACCCCAUGGAACAAGGGCAUUUUGCCAGACCAGAAUCCGAUGCUCUCAGCUUGCUAGCCAUCGAGGCAUGGCAAACCAUGGUGCAAGCACCAUGGACCUGGGACUCAGCACCGAUAGCUCAGAUUGAAUUCAGAUCUCUCACAAAAUAACACCAGACCUCUUCAGAUACCUGGUUGUAUUUUGGGAGCAGAAAAUUAUUUUCUCUUAAAGACUUUUUGAACUGAACACAGUUUUUUGGAAUCUUUCUUAGCCUAUGAAACAGUUUUUCCUUAGGAUACCUAAAGAACUGUGCAGUAGUCAUUUGUGGAGGUUUUUUAAUUUGUUUUCAUUUCAUUUGCAGUAUUGGGGGAUGAACCCAGGGCCUUUGCACUGAGCUACAUCCCCAGCCUAGUUACCAUGUUUUGUAGCCAAGUCUCAGUAAGUCACUGAGAAGUUGCCCAAGCUGGGCUCGAAUUCAUGAUUGUCCUCCCUCAGCCUCCCAGGUUCCUGGGAUUCAGGCGUGCCACUUUGCCCAGUGCCAUUUGUGGUUUAAAGCAAACAUGCUAGGUGAGCCUGAGGGAUGCUAGAGUACUAGGAAUAUAUUUCUUCUGGCUGCUUCCCCAGCCUUUUUCCCCCCUUGGGUGUGUGCUUUGUGUGUGUGGGUGUGUGCUUUGUGUGUGUGUGUGUUUGUGUGUGUGUGUGUGUGUGUGUGUGGUGUGCUCUGGGAGGAGGCUGAGGUCAAGCCCCCAUAUGCUCCUGUGUUGCACCUCUAAUAGGUUUUAUUAGUUUUUUAAAAUUAAA